CCCCGCCCCGCCCCGGAGCCGCCCGGGACGUAGGGCGCAGGAGGGACUCGGCCCAGCUGCCCUUGGCGCCGCGCUCCGUACGCUCCGGGCAGGUCUCCACAGGUGCCAUGACGCAGCAGCCCCAGGAGGACUUUGACAGAAGUGUGGAGGAUGCCCAGGCAUGGAUGAAGGUGAUACAGGAGCAGCUUCAGGUCAAUGACAACACACAGGGGCCCCGAGCGGCCCUGGAGGCACGGUUGCGUGAGACAGAGAAAAUCUGCCAGCUGGAGCCUGAGGGAUGCAUGAAGGUGGAACUGGUCCUGCGGGCGGCUGAGGCCCUCCUGGCAACCUGUCAGGAGGGCCAGAAGCCUGAGAUCCUGGCCCAGCUGAGAGAUAUCAAGUCCCAGUGGGAGGAGACGGUCACCUACAUGACUCACUGCCACAGCCGCAUUGAGUGGGUGUGGCUGCACUGGAGUGAGUAUCUACUGGCCCGGGAUGAGUUUUACCGCUGGUUCCAGAAGAUGGUGGUCGCUCUGGAGCCCCCUGUGGAGCUGCAGCUGGGCCUGAAGGAGAAGCAGUGGCAGCUGAGCCACGCCCAGGUGUUGCUGCACAAUGUGGACAAUCAGGCCGUGCUCCUGGAUAGGCUGCUGGAGGAGGCAGGCUCCCUGUUCAAUAGGAUCGGGGACCCCAGCGUGGAUGAAGAUGCCCAGAAGAAGAUGAAGGCUGAGUAUGAUGCCGUGAAGGCCAGAGCCCAGCAUAGGGUGGAUUUCCUGACCCAGGUGGCCCAGGAGCAUGAACAGUACCAGGAGGCUGUGACCGAGUUCCAGCUGUGGCUGAAGGCAGUAGUGGAGAAAGUGCGCAGCUGUCUAGGGCGGAACUGCAAGCUGGCUACAGAGCUUCGCCUCUCUGCGCUGCAGGACAUGGCCAAGGAUUUCCCUAGGGGCGAGGAGUCUUUGAACAUGUUGGAGGAUCAGGCUGAGGGUGUCAUACGGAACACCUCUCCUUUGGGUGCAGAGAAGAUCUCAGGGGAGCUGGAGGAGAUGCGAGCGGUCCUGGAGAAGCUGAGAGUCCUCUGGAAGGAGGAAGAAGGGAGGCUGCAGGGCCUGCUCCAGUCCAAGGGGGCCUGUGAGCAGCAGAUCCUGAGGCUGGAGGCGGAGCUGGGGGAGUUCAAGAAAAGCCUUCAGAGGUUGGCCCAUGAGGGCUUGGAUCCCACGGUGAAGACAGCCACAGAAGAUGAGCUGGUGGCCCACUGGAGGCUGUUCUCUGGAACUCAGGCUGCACUGGCUUCAGAGGAGCCCCGUGUAGACCGGCUACAAACUCAACUGAAGGAACUUGUCACCUUCCCCGACCUGCAGUCACUCUCCAACAGCGUGGUGGCUGCCAUUCAGGAAUAUCAAAGUAUGAAGGGAAAGAACACCAGGCUCCACAAUGCGACCAGGGCAGAGCUGUGGCAGCGUUUCCAGCGGCCCCUCAAUGACCUGCAGCUGUGGAAGGCCCUGGCUCAGAGGCUCCUGGACAUCACCACCAGCCUGCCGGAUCUGCCCUCCAUUCAUACCUUUCUGCCCCAGAUUGAGGCGGCCCUAGCAGAGAGCUCCAGACUGAAAGAGCAGCUGGCAAUGCUGCAGCUGAAGACAGACUUGCUGGGUAGCAUCCUCGGCCAGGAGAGAGCAGCUGCUCUCCUGGAGCAGGUGGCAAGUUCUGUGAGGGACAGAGACUUACUGCAUAACAGCCUUCUGCAGAGGAAGAGCAAACUACAGAGCCUGCUCGCCCAGCACAAGGACUUCGGGGUGGCUUUUGACCCCCUACACAGGAAACUCCUAGACCUCCAAGCCAGGAUCCAAGCAGAGAAAGGGCUUCAGCGGGACCUUCCUGGAAAGCAGGUUCAACUCCUAAGGUUGCAGGGCCUGCAGGAAGAGGGUCUCGAUCUGGGGACACAGAUAGAGGCUGUGAGGCCUCUUGCCCAGGAGAACUCUAACCACCAGCACAAAAUGGACCAGAUUUCCUCUGACCAGCAAGCCCUGAAGAGAUCCCUGGAGGACCUUGUGGACAGGUGUCAGCAGAGCGUACGGGAGCAUUGCACCUUCAGCCACCGGCUGUCAGAGCUGCAGCAGUGGGUCAUCAUGGUCACACAGACGUUGGAGAUGCACCAAGGGGAUGUGCAUCUGUGGGAUGCUGAGUCCCAAGAGACUGGACCUGAGAGGCUGCUGGCUGAAAUUCCAGAGAGAGAGGUCCAGCUGUCCCUGCUCCAAGCACUGGGCCAGCUUGUGAUGAAGAAGUCUUCCCCAGAGGGGGCAGCCAUGGUCCAGGAGGAUCUGAGGAAGCUGGUGGAGUCUUGGCAGGCCCUGCGGCUGCUAGAGGAGAAUCUGCUGAGUCUCACCAGAAGCCAGCAGCUGCAGAGGACAGAAGUGGACGCGGGGAAGAAACUGCUCUUCACCAACAACAUCCCGAAGGCUGGCUUUCUCAUCAACCCCCAGGACCCUAUUCCCAGGCAUCGGCACGGGGCAAACCUACUGGAAGAGCAUGACCUUCAUGAAGAUCACUCCCAGCUCCUGAGGGACUUUGAACAGUGGCUGCAGGCAGAAAACUCCAAGUUAGUUGGAAUCAUCGCAAUGAGAACAGCCACAGCCAAGGACUUGAGGACCAGAAAGAUGAAGCUGCAGGAGCUGGAGGCUCGAAUCCCAGAAGGCCAGCAUCUCUUUGAGAACCUGCUCCGUCUCAGGCCAGCAAGGGACCCCUCCAAUGAACUGGAAGAUCUACGCUAUCGUUGGAUGCUGUACAAGUCCAAACUCAAGGACUCUGGCCACCUGCUGACGCAGAGUUCUCCAGGGGAGCUGACUGCAUUCCAAAAGAGUCGACAGCAGAGGCGGUGGCGGAAUCCCUGCUCUCUCCUGCAGAAAGCGUGCCGCGUGGCGUUGCCGUUGCAGCUCCUGCUCCUGCUCUUUCUUCUGCUGCUCUUCCUGCUGCCGGCCGGCGAGGAGGAACGCAGCUGCGCCCUGGCCAACAACUUCGCCCGCUCCUUCGCGCUCAUGCUUCGUUACAAUGGCCCCCCGCCCACCUAGCCCAUUGGGGCCUACUGCAGGUGACUUUCUGCAGACCCUCUGAGGCUGGCCGCUGGGGGAAGCUGGACAGACCAGACACCCAGAAGAGCCUCUGUCUAAAUGCUGCAUCUGUUCCCAGAAGAAACUUGCUUUUUCUACGAUGUCAUUUCUAUCUAUUUAUACUAGGUGUGUACUGUGUGUGGUUAGGGAAUAAUGUAUAGAAUUUUUAUACGCCAUGUAUGUAUAUGCUCAGUGUAGAUAACUUCAGAUAUGAUGUCUCUUUGUGCCUACAGAAGUCCCCAGCAGUGUGUUUUCCUAAUGGGAUUUGUGACACUCGUGCCUUAGCAUUCUGUCAUCCCUGGAAGACAGGAGAAAUCACAUGUUACUUUUAUGACAACCUGUACCCAGGAAUCCAGAUACAAAAGUCUCCGAGCUGUGAGCGUAGCUGAACAGAAUUGGAGCCUUGGAGCUCUUGUGCACGUGGCUAGUUUUAAAGCCACAAGGACUUGGGCUUCAGGCUAGAUAAAAAGGAGUGGUGAGACCAGACAAGUGACAGAGGGAUCCCUAGAGAGGAGCAGAAGAACUUAGAGAACUGAUGAAGUUCCACAGAGUGAUGGCGCUUAGCCCGCCCCACCCCCACGUGGCAGCCACUGGUGGCACAGACCAGCGAGAAAUGCCUGUGACCAUGAGCAUGUCUUCAGGAAGUGGCUGGGGUUUUGUUUGUGUGUUUUCCCCAGGAGAUAGAAAAAGGAAGGUGAACUUGACUUUUUAUUCUUAUGAGCAAGGGUGAAGCACAUUGCCAGUGGCCCGUGCCAGUCCCCGGAGGCCUGUGUCAUCACUGUGGUUGGGCAUUCUCCGGGCUAGGGUGUGAACUCAGGGCAGAGUGCAAGCACGGGCCCACACUAGGCACAGAGGAAAAGACUCAGCCCAUCUGAAGGGGUCUCUCUUCCCUUCCAAGAAGGAACUGCGCAGGCUGGUGGGUCUACAGCGCUGGACAGGUCUUACCUUCUUCCCCUGCCACGGCUCACAGUCUAGCCCCAGGCAGGAAGAAACAGGUGGGCUCCAGGCAUGUGUGGGAGAGGCCUCUGGGAUGACUCCAGGCUAUGCCCAAGGCUGGAAAUACGUCCAGGGAAUUCCGGGAGGAUUCCUAAGUGGGUUAAAAUUGGAUCAGGUUUGCCCUAAACUGACACUGUUUUUCCUUUUAGAAAAUACUUAAUGCCCCCUUUUUACAGAUGGAAUUUGUCUGGCAGGUGGGGGUGCCCUCAGGCAUUGGCAUGAGAUACACAACCACAGUGUUAAAGACCCAGAGAGGCACUUUAAACACAACAAAUAUUGAGGUCCUAAGAGGGACCCGAUUCCAAGGUCACCACCCUAUGCACACAGACCAAGUCCCUCCCAAGCUGGCAUCAGGCUACACCAUGUAUGGCUUUCAUCCUUGCACAGAACCUAGGAAAGGCAAGCAGGAAGGCAGAGCCUUGGGGCUUGUUACUUCGUCUGUAACCUCAGCCAUAAGGCCUCCCCUGCACACUGCCAUUUUGCUGGGAAAUCAGGGGCUGGUGAACCCUGACCUCAGACCCAGGUAGCCGAGUCCCGAUGUUCACUAAGAUCAUUGGUCCACAUCGGUCAGAACUGCAGCAAAGGACAUCAACACUUCCUUUUCUGCUUUCCCACCUCACAGGUAAGAAACUUGAGGCCCAGAGAAGGGAAGUCACUUAGCCACAGCCACACAGCAAGAACCUGUAAAGCCAGAAAUGGGCUGCUUACCACCGUCCUCAGGUGUUCAUUAUAUAGCAGAGCCCCCUCACAUCUCCCUUCCCAGGGCGAGGACAUGGCUCAGAGAUAACACACUUGCCCAACAGGUGUGAGUCCUGGGUUCCAUCCCCAGAACUUAAGAGAGAAAAAGAAAAAGCAGAAAAGAGAGCUGUUUACUAUUAAUGCAAUUGUGUCUCGUGGUAAAUGGCUGGGGAGUGUGUAACUGCAACAUGCGGGUGGUGGGGUGGUGGCAACAUAUCUCUUUUUAACUCUGACAACGACACUGUGGAUUGCUUGUUUGCAUAACUUUUUUUAACAGAGGGGGACUGAUAUUUUUAUUACUUUCAUAUGAAUAUAGCCGGAAUAUGACAUACUAGCCAUUUCUGGGUGCUUUUCCGAUGUAACUUCUUUUGCUUAAAGUGCGUAUAGACACCUGCUACUGUGAUGUCGCCUCCUAGCCAGUUACCAUAGAGAGUUGGAGGGUGUCCCUGGAGAGAAGUGUUGGAGCUGACAAAGCUUAAAAAGUCUUCGUUAGAAGUGUGUGUGUGUGUGUGUGUGAGAGAGAGAG